CGCUUCCGCGGGUCCCUGGAAGGCAGCUUUAUGCCUCCUUUUGCAGCCGGGGAGCCCUCCUAUGGCAGGAGUGUCCAGAGGCACCUUUGCCAAGCCUAAAGGGCAGAAAGUCACUUAAGAUUUUCUCCAGCUCUCUGGUUCCUUUAGCGGCUUUUAAAAUAGACAGUGCUUCCUUGCCAGCAUAGCAUGAAGUGACUGUGUCGUGCUCCUUUGCUUCACUUGCCGCUGCUUUGCUUGUUUGUGCACCUGCCUUCUCGAGGAAAGAAAACCAAAACCGAAACAACAAAAAACUUGAGAUACUUAUUUCUGAAAGACGCCCCUGAACUGGGGUUCUCUGUCUGAUGACUUUGCACUGUUGUUGAUACUUCUGCUUUUAGUAUUUUUGGUUGGUUGUUUUUAGCAUUGCAGUUCCUUUCUUUUACAGUUUAGUUCAGAAUAAGAUGUGAAAAUGAAACUUGGAGGAAAGAGAUGUCCUUGAUCACUGGUGGAAAAUCCCUGUAUUGUGAUUUCUAAGGGUGAAAUGCAAAAUGCAAUUUGUUGUGACCAAGAGCAAGGUUUGAAGAGCCAUCUUAAAGAGAAGAAAGAAAAACGUGGGGUUUUUUUGUUUGUUUUCUUUUUAAGCAUUUAAGUUAUUGAGGUAACAGUUGUAUUUAAGCAGGGAUCUGGACAGUGACUUUUUUCUUGCAUAAAUACAGUAUUUUAAGGAGCGAUCUUAACCCUUGUAUCAUCUGUACUUGCAAGAUUUUCUGAUACUGCUUUCAGAAAGGAAGAAAGCUUUCAUUUUAUUUAUUAGAGCUGAAACUCUGGUAGUGUGUAAUUCACCUUUAUGUAGUUGGGCUUUGAGAGCACAGAGAAUUGCCAGUGAUUUGAGCACUGAAUUUCAGAGAGCUCUGGUAUGGUUACAGAGCCAUGAAUCAAGAAACAACAUCCCCUCAGUGAGAUGCCAUCAUUUUCACUGAAGGCACAGCUGAGCCUUUCCCAGCACGCUGUCACAGCAACCUUGGAGUCAUGCGGGGGUUCUUGACCCGAGUGCAACCUGUGAGUCCUGCGCCCGGACAGAGGAAUAGGCCUCCCCCAAGUCAGGCUGACUGCGGUGUUGAAAACCAUUUUAUUUUGUUUUCUGGUGUAUGGUGAAUAGAGGUGCCUGCUAGAAGAAAAAAGGAGACCAGGACUGCAGCACUGGUUUCCUCUUAUGUGGCUACAGAGUGAUUUUGCCCUAUUGCAUAGGUUGGGCUGGCUGAAGUGAACAGCCCUGCGGCGGCAGGGUGUGAGGGAAGGCAGGAUGUUCCCGUCCAUGAUGUCUGUGAUGAGUUUCUCCGUGUCUGACAACAUCACACAUUCAACUACCCUGGUGACAGCACUGGAUAAUGUGACAACUUUGUCCCCAACAACAACGCAGGCCAUCAAUGACACCAACAUCACUGUGCCGCACAAGUGCCUGUUGUUGCUCUAUGAGGACAUUGGGAAGUCCAGAGUCCGCUAUUGGGAUCUUCUGCUCCUGGUUCCCAAUGUGCUUUUCUUUAUGUUUCUCCUCUGGAAGCUGCCCUCUGCCAGGGCCAAAAUCCGGGUCACUUCCAGCCCAAUCUUCACUACAUUCUACAUACUAGUAUUUGUGGUGGCUUUAGUUGGUAUUGCCCGUGCUGUUGUCUCCAUGACUGUGAGUGCCUCCGAUGCUGCCACAGUUGCUGACAAGAUCCUGUGGGAGAUCACAAGGUUCUUCCUUCUGGCGAUUGAACUCAGUGUGGUGAUUUUAGGCCUUGCUUUCGGUCACCUGGAGAGCAAGUCGAGUGUGAAACGUGUUCUUGCAAUCACUACGGUGCUGUCACUGGCAUAUUCUAUCACCCAGGGCACCCUGGAAAUCCUGUACCCUGAUGCCCACCUCUCAGCAGAAGACUUCAACAUCUACGGCCAUGGAGGGAGACACUUUUGGCUUGCCAGCUCCUGUUUCUUCUUUCUGGUCUAUUCCUUGGUGGUGAUUCUUCCAAAAACUCCUCUGAAAGACCGGAUUUCUUUGCCCUCCAGGAAGAGUUUUUAUGUUUAUGCUGGAAUCCUGGCACUGCUGAACCUGGUGCAGGGCCUGGGCAGUGCCCUCCUCUGUGUGGAUAUCAUAGAAGGACUGUGCUGUGUUGAUGCUACCACGUUCCUUUACUUCAGCUUCUUUGCACCUCUCAUCUACGUGGCAUUCCUGAAAGGCUUCUUUGGGUCUGAACCGAAGAUCCUUUUCUCCUACAAGUGUCAGGUGGAUGAACCUGAGGAUGUGGAUGUGCACCUACCCCACCCUUAUGCUGUUGCCAAGAAGGAAGGAAUGGAUUCUGGGUUCUACUCGAGCACUCAGAUUGACACCACAGCCUACCUGGAUGACGUGGCCUCUAUGCCAUAUCACGUGGGCAGCAUCAACAGCAUAGACAGUGACCGCUGGAAAGCCAUCAAUGCCUAAGGCACAGCUACCCGCUUCACACGAUGCCUCAUUCCUUUCCUUCCUAACUCCCCGAUACCACAGCUGUUAAGAUGUCCUUUGGAAAUCUGUCCUUGGCUAUCUGCCAUGGCUCUCUUCUCUUCCUUAGGAUUUCUGCAACCUAUAGUGGAACUAAGUCGGCAGCCCAAAUCCUGUUGGAAAGAACAUUUUCUGUUGCUACCUGAGAACAAUGUAGAACAGUUGUGUUCAUAAACCUAUAAACUGAA